AUGAAAUUUAAGAAUUGCGUUUUUUCCGCAAUUAUAUUGCUAGUUACCUUCACUGCAGCAAAUGAACAACUUUUAUCUUCUACUUCAAAAAAAGUGAAAUAUGUGACCGUUACUGAUGUUGUUGUUGAAAUUGUUUCCCAAACCGACAGUUAUACUGACAUUAUUCAAAAUGCUCAUGUCGAGUCAUCUACCUCGUCAUCAUCAGUUUCCAAAGCUAAAAAAACCAUAACGCAAACCAGUGUGGUGGUAGAUGUCGUUGACCAACCAACCGAAGCCAUUGACACGACCAGUGAUGUAGCCUCUGUACCUUCCAAAACGUCUUCAGUAUCAUCGAAAGUCAAAAAAGUGAUAACUCUUACCACUGUGGUAGUUGAUGUUGUCGGUGAGACAAACGAAGCCGCAAUGAUUGCCAACUCCAAUCUUUCUGUUACCCCGUCGCUGACCAAAAAAAAAAUAGUGAUCACGCUCACUGAUACUACCGUUGAUGUCGUUACUCAAAACACCGAACAUGUUGAUGCUAACGCAAUUGUUUCCGAUUCUCAACCUGAAGAAUCUGUUGCCACAGAGUCACUGCUUUCGAAUUUUGCUGCCCAGAAUCUCCAGCUUGGUGAUCUUGAGAUACAAAAUAAAGAAGUUCUAUUAGAAACCGCUGAUGAAAACGUGUCUUCUUCAAAAGAAGCAAAGUUAAUCACUCUUACUAGUGUAGUUGUUGAAGUCGUUUCCGAAACAAGCGAUGUUACAGUUCUCGUUGACGCAAAUUCUUCGCCAUCGAAAAAGCAAAUUACACUUACUGAUACUGUGGUCAAGGUUGUGCCAGAGGCCACGUCAACCAAGAAACAGAUUACCCUCACCGAUACAGUGGUCAAGGUUGUUCCGGAAUCUACUUCAACCAAGAAACAGAUUACCCUCACAGAUACAGUAGUCAAGGUUGUUCCGGAAUCUACUUCAACCAAGAAACAGAUUACCCUCACCGAUACAGUGGUCAAGGUUGUUCCGGAAUCUACUUCAACCAAGAAACAGAUUACCCUCACCGAUACAGUGGUCAAGGUUGUUCCGGAAUCUACUUCAACCAAGAAACAGAUUACCCUCACUGAUACAGUGGUCAAGGUUGUUCCGGAAUCUACUUCAACCAAGAAACAGAUUACCCUCACCGAUACAGUGGUCAAGGUUGUUCCGGAAUCUACUUCAACCAAGAAACAGAUUACCCUCACUGAUACAGUGGUCAAGGUUGUGCCAGAGGCCACGUCAACCAAAAAACAGAUUACCCUCACCGAUACAGUGGUCAAGGUUGUUCCGGAAUCUACUUCAACCAAAAAACAGAUUACCCUCACCGAUACGGUUAUUGAGGUUGUUCCUGCUUCAUCGUCAACCAAGAAACAGAUUACCCUCACCGAUACGGUUAUUGAGGUUGUUCCUGCUUCAUCGUCAACCAAGAAACAGAUUACCCUCACCGAUACGGUUAUUGAGGUCGUUCCUGCUUCAUCAUCUUCAACAUCAAUUUCAAAAUCGAAGAGUACUAUUACCAUUACAGGUACAGUCAUUGAAGUGGUUCCAGCACCAACUACAUUGGCACUGCACUCCCUAGACGGGGGUUCGCCUCUUGUGUCUGACUAUUAUAACAUGACACUGACGUUGUUUAAUACUACUUUUUAUUCGAUUGCAGCACCUCCGGUAUUCCAAUCUACCUAUACCCAAACAAACACCAUUGAACUAGAAAAUACAGCUGGUAAUUUUACUCAAACAGUUGCUAACCUGAAGAUAUCGGAAUCUCUGGUUGAUGGAAAAUUAUCUCUGAACGCUAGUACUAGUUCAUCAACCACUGCAUCAAGCUCAAUGUCACAAACUGGCCCUUCUUUAACGUCGGCUCUCCAGUCUACGUCGCUCAGGCCGUCAGAAUUGGCAAAGACACUUUUGAUUACCCAAACAACUUUGGAAGUCGUUAAUUCAGGCACUUGUGAUGAAUAUGGUUGUUUUGACUUUGACAUUCUCGAAGAAAAAACUAUUGUUUGGACGUCAACUUAUUCACCAAUCAAAUCCUCUACCCUAUUCAGUUCAGCGGAUGCUGUAGAUGAACUUCUCGGUCCAAUGUUAACUACCCCACUUAAAGCGAUUGAUCCGGAACAGACCAAUGUUGACUUCAGUUUUAACAAUCUAGCUUCGCUUAGCAACGAAGAGGAUUCAAAAGUUGAGGUUCCCGUAGCUGAAGUGGUUUUGCCUGUUGAACAAACCGAUAAUUCCCAGAAUGAUAGAAGUCCUAUAACUGAGGCAUCUGUACACCCUGAACCUGAAAAUUCUAUUUCCGAGGCCACUACAUAUGAAGGUGUUGGACUUACAAAUAUACCGUCUUGUGUUUCUUUUUUCGCUGUUGGGUUGAUUAUUAUCUUGAUCAAGUAA